UUAUUCCUCGUUCGAACCGCGGGGUGUUAGUUUAUCUUCCAGCUGAGAAGGCUGAAGAUUCCGAUUGCGUGUAACCGGAGGUGAAACAUCCACCCUUUCGUCGUUUCGUGCAGCUUCUUUCGGAGAGUUAGCAAGAUGGUGCAGUAUUCUCGUCUGAUGUCCGUGCAGGUCCGCAAGGCCGCCCGCUACGCCGUCGAUGUCCAACAGCGUCAGUUCCACGCGUCCUGCGCUGCCGCGUCGAAGGUCGCCUUGUCCAAGUUCGACCAGAAUGUGUACCUGCCGUACGAGAAGCUCCAGAAGAACCUGGAGGUCGUGAAGAAGCGCCUCGGGCGUCCGCUGACCCUCAGCGAGAAGGUGCUCUACUCGCAUCUGGACGAUCCGGCCAAUCAGGAUGUGCAGCGUGGUGUGUCCUACCUUCGGCUGCGCCCCGAUCGCGUUGCCAUGCAGGACGCCACCGCCCAGAUGGCGAUGCUGCAGUUCAUCUCGUCCGGACUGCCGAAGGUGGCCGUCCCGUCCACCAUCCACUGUGACCAUCUGAUCGAGGCACAGGUGGGCGGCGUCAAAGAUUUGGCGCGCGCGAAGGACAUCAACCAGGAGGUGUACAAGUUCCUGUCGUCGGCCGGUGCGAAGUACGGUGUCGGUUUCUGGAAGCCCGGCUCGGGCAUUAUCCAUCAGAUCAUCCUGGAGAACUACGCCUUCCCGGGUCUGUUGAUGAUCGGUACGGACUCGCACACGCCAAACGGAGGUGGUCUGGGUGGACUGUGCAUCGGUGUCGGUGGUGCGGACGCCGUCGACGUGAUGGCCAACAUCCCGUGGGAGCUGAAGUGCCCGAACGUGAUCGGUGUCAAUCUGACCGGCAAGAUUGGUGGCUGGACGUCGCCCAAGGACGUUAUCCUGAAGGUGGCCGACAUCCUGACCGUGAAGGGUGGUACCGGUGCGAUCGUCGAGUACACUGGCAAGGGUGUGGAGUCGAUCUCGUGUACCGGAAUGGCGACGAUCUGUAACAUGGGCGCCGAAAUCGGAGCUACCACGUCGAUCUUCCCCUUCAACAAGCGUAUGGCCGAUUAUCUGUCCGCCACCGGACGCUCAGCCAUCGCUGCCGAAGCCAAAAAGUAUCAGGCCAGCGUGCUGACGGCCGACGCCGGUGCCAAGUACGAUCAGGUGAUCGAAAUCAAUCUGGACACACUGGAACCGCAUAUCAACGGACCGUUCACGCCCGAUCUGGCCCACCCGAUCAGCAAGCUGAAGGCGAACGCCACCAAGAACGGCUACCCGAUGGACAUCCGCGUCGGUCUUAUCGGUUCGUGCACGAACUCGUCCUACGAGGACAUGGGUCGGUGCGCGUCGAUCGCGAAGAACGCCAUGAAGCACGGCCUGAAGUCGAAGAUUCCGUUCAACGUGACGCCCGGAUCGGAGCAGAUCCGUGCCACGAUCGAGCGCGACGGCAUUGCAAAGACGUUCGACGAGUUUGGCGGCACCGUGCUGGCGAACGCUUGCGGACCCUGUAUCGGCCAGUGGGACCGUCAGGACGUCAAGAAGGGCGAGAAGAACACGAUCGUCACGUCGUACAAUCGUAACUUCACCGGCCGUAACGAUGCCAACCCGGCAACGCACUGCUUCGUCACGAGCCCCGAGCUGGUAACGGCCCUGUCGAUCGCCGGUACGCUGAACUUCAACCCCCUGACCGACGAACUGACCGGUAAGGACGGAAAGAAGUUCAAGCUGGACUCUCCGUUCGGUGACGAGCUGCCCCAGAAGGGAUUCGACCCCGGCAUGGACACCUAUGAGGCGCCCCCAUCGGACGGUUCCAAGGUUAAGGUCGAUGUGGACCCGAAGAGCCAGCGUCUCCAGCUGCUCGAACCGUUCGAUACCUGGAACGGCAAGGAUCUGCAGGACAUGACCGUCCUGAUCAAGGUGAAGGGCAAGUGCACCACCGAUCACAUUUCGGCCGCCGGCCCGUGGCUGAAGUACCGUGGCCAUCUGGAUAACAUCUCCAACAACAUGUUCAUCGGUGCAACCAACAUCGAGAACAACGAAAUGAACAAGAUCAAGAACCAGGUGUCGGGCGAGUGGGCCGGAGUACCGGACGUGGCCCGCUUCUACAAGGCCAAGGGCAUCAACUGGGUUGCGGUGGGAGAUGAGAACUACGGCGAGGGUUCGUCCCGCGAGCACGCCGCGCUGGAACCCCGCCAUCUGGGCGGACGCGCCAUCAUCACCAAGUCCUUCGCCCGUAUCCACGAGACCAACCUCAAGAAGCAGGGUCUGCUGCCGCUCACCUUCGCCAAUCCCGCGGAUUACGAUAAGGUUCAACCCCACUCGAAGAUUUCGAUCCUGGGCCUGGACAAGUUCGCCCCCGGCAAGCCGCUGGACUGUGAGAUCAAAACCGACGGCAAGGUCGAUAAGAUCAAGCUGAACCACUCGUUCAACGAGCAGCAGAUCGAAUGGUUCAAGGCCGGCAGCGCCCUGAACCGUAUGAAGCAAAUCGCGGCCAGCAAGUAAAGUGCAAUAGUCUCAUCUUCCGGUUUCCCGGGAAGCCCACAACAAACCACUCCUCAAUAGGUGGUUGUUUCGAUCGCAACCACUACUUCCGACUGGCCGAUAGAGGAGCAGUCCCUUGUUACGUAUUGAUGCGGGAUACUUAAACGAACCGUUGCGAAGAGAAUAUCAACCCUCUCGACCUAACACGACACCAACCAAAGCGCACAACCGGAACACGCGGUCCAACCCCACCAUCCCGCUCAAGCCGGGGGCCGGUUUGCUUUUGUGUGUGUUUUAUUUCGAAACCGAAUUAGAGUUAAUUUGUCGCGACUUCGGUUGGUGCUUAGAUUGUAAAUAGAGCAGCCAUUAUGCAAGCUACUUAUAUAUGGGCCGCUCCCUGUGGCGAGAGAGCAAACAACAACCAAAGCCUAAUAAUCGCCUCUAAAACACUUGAAUCGCUGCUACUUAUCUUGAACCGUACUGGAGAUUGACCACGUGUCAACGUCUUUUCGAUUGAUUGAAGAUUGUUUUACGAAACCUAAAAUGCGUGCGGGAACUAAUCAUAGCACCGCCGCGGGCACCUUCCCGACUCGAGAGGGGGGUUGCUUUACCGCACGAAUGAAUGCAAGUACUACGUUUAAAAUUAUAUAGAAUGUGCAAAUUUAUCCCUCAAGUCCUUACACUUAGGUGCUAGAAGACAAACAAACCGAAGCGUAAAGUUAGAGUGUAUUACUAAUCCGUACUAAAAUAAACCUCAAGCGCCUCGUUGGCCUUUGUUUUAAUUUCAACGUUUUUUCUCUUUAAUUUUUUAAAUGGUUCUGAUUUGGGAAAAUCGCACAAAAGUGCCAUCCAACUUCGGUUGCGAGUCAAAAAAUAGUGCAAAAAUAAGCUCUUCGUUUCCUUGUUUGGUUCUUUAGGCUAUUUGUUUCCUUUUUGAUUUACACUUCACUAGACAAUAAUGAUGGUAUGCAGUUUUGAGUAAAUAAAUGAAAUAAAAUAAAACUAGCGACAA